AUGGUGUCCUCAGAUCGAAGCCCGCUCUCCUUCCUGCCCACAGAAGCUCAAGCCCAAGUGUCACCCCCACCCCCUUACCCCACGCCCCAGGACCUCCCCCAGCCUCUGCUGCAGCAGCCCCAGGCAGCCCCAUCGCUGCCCCAGUCAGACUUCCAGCUCCUCGCGGCCCAGGGCUCAUCUUUGACCAGCUUCUUCCCAGAUGUGAGCUUUGAGCAGCAGUCCGUGAGGCCGGGCCCAGCCUUUACUCAGCAGCUGUCCCUGGUGCAACAGGGUCCCCGAGAACCACAGGACUCCUUUCAUUUGAGACCAAACCUGUAUUCCAACUGUGGGAAUUUCCCAAACACCAUCCUGACAGAAGACUCGAGCACCAGCCUGUUCAUAGACCUCGGCAGUGCUCUGGCAGGCAUGCCCGAGGUCAGCCUAAACGUGGACACUCCGUUUCCAUUGCAAGAAGAGCUCCAGAUCGAACCCCUGAGCCUGGACGGACUCAGCAUGUUAAGUGAUUCCAGCCCGGGCCUGCUCGACCUCUCUACUGAAGAGACGUUUCGAGCUGACCGACUGUUGAAGGCCUUCCCUGACCACUUCUCUGUCCCUCUGGGGGCUCCACAUGAGGCCAAGCCUGGUCUGCGUGAUGCUAUCCCAGGUAACAGCUGCUCGACUGGGAAAGGAAGCUACAUCCGGAUUGCAGACAUUCCCGUCGAGUACAUGGGGACGCCUCGAGGGAGCCAGGCCGUUGCUGCCCUCAUCUCUGGUGUUGGAACCAGCUGA